AUGGUAGAUUUAUUCAAAAACCCGGAAGGAGAAAUUUUAGAUAGUAUAAUUCCAGUAGGAGAUAAACAUUGGACUUUACAAUUUUCAAACCCUGGAAAUUUAUUUAAAGAUCCUACAAAGCCACCAUCUAUUAAUUGUCUAGAAAAUGCUUCAAAAAUUUUAAAAACGCUCAAAUUUGAAAAAGAAAGCAAAUGCCAUGUUAAAAACGCUAAUCAAGUUACGUGGUACGAAUGUUAG